AAAAUCAAACCAAUAUUAAAGAAGGAACUAUUAUUAAGAGUAAGGGUAUAAAUGUUAUUCCAACAGAAGCACAGGCUGCUCUUGUCAAAUUCAGGGAGAGAGAUUAUUAUGAAAGACAGUUAAAAAUCAAAGAAUUAGCUAAUCAGGCAAUCAAUUCAUCACAAUUGGGUUCUACAAUAAUGGUUGAUACUUUGAUCUCAUCAAGUUCAUUCAUUAAACACAGCUUCCCUUUUGAUGUAACCAACAUUAAGGCUAAUCGAAAAGUUCUUUUCCAACAAGUUGACCAAUUAUGUAGCCCAUCAGUUGCAGCUGGACAUCAAUUGUUUUCUGAACAACAAAAAAUAGCUAAAAUACAGUGUGGAAGGCCUCCCAAAUAUGUUGGUGAGCCAGUGGUGCUCUAUCAUCCAAUAUUUAGUGACUUCUUGCGAGAUUGUGAAAAGGAUGAUUAUGUUGACAAAACUCUUUGUGUAGAAACACUUAAGUUUCUUAACACAAUGUCUAAGUUCUACAAGAUAGAGCUUAUCAGGCAAUCAGCUAUUGCAGAUUUUUAUCAUUUUCUUUUUGGCAAAACCUUCAAUGAUGGUCCAACAGGUUCUCCUAAAAAUGAUGGCUACAUAAUGGGAACAAGUGUAAUUAAUGGAAUAAGUUUGGAAAUUCCUGUUAUUCUAAGAGACACAAAAAAUGAAAUCUCACAAGGGAGUUGUGAUCCUGUUCUACAGUCAGCUAUUUGUUAUGAGAAAUUUUGGUGUGGGAACUGGAGUGGUAAACCUGAAGGAUACAAUCAAAUCAGAGAAAUGUCAGUUUGUCCUACCUUUCUGUUGUGUUCUGCUGGUCCAUGGUUAUGUGUGUGUGGUAUUGUUUUGGCAAAUAAAAUUAAAGUUGAGACACUUACAGAUAUGCUCUAUCUUGUCCCUACAUUGGAUUCUAAUAAGCUUCUUCAUUUUGCCCACACAUUUUCUUCUCUUCGUCAUGCUUGUAAAAAACUCAUACAAUACUAUAAUAAUUUGCGAGUAGAUUCACCAACCACUAGUCAUUAUUUUCCAUAUCGUAAUACAUUUAAUGUGUUUUCAGCAAAUAGUACAAAUGGAAAUUAUAUUAUUAAGUAUACCCAGCAUUAUAAUGAGGAAGUCCAUAAACCCUGUGAAAAUCAUGGUGGCUCACCACAACUAUUUGAAGUCUGUAAAGGAAUUAUACAUGGUUGGAUCAUAGUAAUUAUGGAGGAAGUUAGUGAUGAGCAAAUUAUUAUAAAACAAGUAUCCAAGAUGAUUAAUAUAUUACAUGAGAAUAAUUUUGUUUUUGGAAAUCUUGAACCAAGCAACAUUUUGUAUGAUAAAAAUAUAAGAAAAACUUAUUUGAUAAAUUUUAAUUGGGCUGGCAGAGAUGAAAUAGAUCAUUAUCCAUUUUUCUUGAACUCAAAAAUAGAUGGAGACAUUAUGAAGAAAGAGCAUGAUUUGUAUCAGUUAGAAAAUUUGUUUGCUAAAUAG